AAUCAUCCAGGUGUAUAAAAGGCCUGUGGCAGAUGUUGAAAAACAAACUCCAGAAACCUACUGCUUAAUCUUCCUCUGAACACUCCACUCCUGACAACAUGUGCUACUACAGAGGAUAUUAUGGAGGUCUGGGCUAUGGCUAUGGUGGCCUUGGCUAUGGAUAUGGCUGUGGCUAUGGUGGCUAUGGUUAUGGCUGCUGCCGCCCACUGUGCUGUGGAAGAUACUGGUCUUAUGGCUUCUACUGAGGACAUUGUGCAGCAACCAAACCUUUCUAACCAGAAGAGCUUCCAAGUCGUUUUACACCAAGAACACACCAAUGUCUUCAAAAUGUAUAACUUCAGGACAAAAUAUGUAAAAUACAAUUGAAGUACAACACAGUCACCUAAUUCCUCGUCUGAAUUUGGACCAUGAUUGUGUUUUAUGUUAUCUUCAUCGUACUCUGUAAAAUGAUUUUAAAUAUGACUCUCAACUUAUGCUUCAAAAAUGUGUGUCAUCAAAUAACUAAAUGAAUAAACCAUACAAAACGC